CUCAAUAUCCGAGGGAUUUUGUCGUGGUACGAUGUACAAAUCUGCAGUGAUUCUCGUUGCGCUGAUUGGAACGGCAUGCGCAUUUCCACCCGCCGACAUCCUGCGUAAAUCGGUAGCCGAGGAUAACGUCGAUGAAAAGGCUCCGGAAAUCCCGCCGCAAGGAUCGGAAGUCGAAAAUCAGAAGGAAGAUGAUGGCGUCCGGGAGUCCGACAAGGAAUCGACCUCCGAAUAUCGUCUUUUUACCGCUACUAUGAAGAUUCCGGAAUUCACGACGGUGACAGCAAUACGAUCCGAUCAAAGUGCCGAGGAGAAUGAAGAGCCAAAAACGUCAUGCGCCGAGGGUGACGCGUCCUGCGAUUCUCUUGAUGAAAAUACACCACGUCAGAAAAGAACUAUCAGAAUGUUCCCGUGGGAUCAGAUACCACAUCUUUCGAUGAACACCGUGAAAGUUUCAUACAUGGAUAAUAUACCGGAUUUCAAAGGAUUUAAUAUACCCGAUUCAAGUGAUUUCGAUUUCACAAAUAUUCCGGGUAGCGACGUGAAAAUUUUUAAGAUGCCGGAUGAUGCAGGGAUUCAAAUAGGAAAUAUCCCCGAUAUUCAGAUACCAAACCUUUCGCAGAUCGAUUUAUCAAAUCUCGCGAAAGUUCAAGUAAAAACUGUCGAUGUUCCUGGUCUCCAAAACAUUCAAAUGCCAAACGAUUUUUUUGAUGGAAAUGGGCUGGUGGGAAUAAUAAUUAAUGGAGGGGAAGCUACCAAUGGACUGCCGGGUUCAUGCUCCGGUGACGGUGAAGUCGGUGAAACAAACGACGAAGCACUAGAAAAGCUUCAAGAAGAGGUUCAGGCGUUGACGAAAAAAUUGCAGGAGGCGGAGAAAAACCUUGCGCUUAAGGACCUUGCAAUCAAGGAGAAUACAGAGAAAACAGAGCAAGGAUAUAAGGCGCUGCAGGAGAAACAUGAUGCAGAGGUCAAGGUCUUGACGGAAAAAUUAGAUGGCUUGAAAGAAGAGUUAGAACAACAAUCCAGAAAAUCCAAUGAGACGCUAAAUGAAGUAAAGAAAAGCUGCGAGCAGACAUUGAACGAAAACAAAGAAAGAGAAGACCGGGAACGUGAGACGCUGCAGGAGGCACAUAAUACAGAAGUCAAGAUCUUGAAGGAAAAAUUAGUCGAUUUGAGAGAAGAGUUAGAUCAGCGAUCCGGGAAUUUCACAACAACGGUAGAGGAAGGAAAGAAAAGCUGCGAGAAGACAUUGAACGAAAACAAAGAAAGAGAAGACCGGGAACGUGAGACGCUGCAGGAGGCACAUAAUACAGAAGUCAAGAUCUUGAAGGAAAAAUUAGUCGAUUUGAGAGAAGAGUUAGAUCAGCGAUCCGGGAAUUUCACAACAACGGUAGAGGAAGGAAAGAAAAGCUGCGAGAAGACAUUGAACGAAAACAAAGAAAGAGAAGACCGGGAACGUGAGACGCUGCAGGAGGCACAUAAUACAGAAGUCAAGAUCUUGAAGGAAAAAUUAGUCGAUUUGAGAGAAGAGUUAGAUCAGCGAUCCGGGAAUUUCCCAACAACGCUAGAGGAAGGAAAGAAAAGCUGCGAGACGCCGCAGACCGAUCAUGCCGCUGAAAUUGAAUCCAUGAAGGAAAUGGUGAGGAAGGAAAAGCAAAUUUCAAUCGGCUUGAAUGAAAAAUUGAAUACGCAAGCCACCGAAUAUAUUCAGAAUCUGAAGGCACAGAAGGAGCGCUGGGACAACAGACUAACCGAACAAACGGAACGGUCGAAGAAAGAACUCGCAAAAAUUACAGAACUACACGAGAUUUGCGUUGCCCAUAAGGAGAAGAAGGACAAGCAAAUAAAGGAACUACAAUCAUUUGAACGUAAAGUUGGCAUCCCUGUGAUAAGUUAG